AUGUCGUGGAAGAAAGGAACCAACUGUUGUUUGUGGGAUGGGGUUAAGUGUGAUACUGAAACAGGGAAUGUGAUCGGCCUUGAUCUUAGUUGCAGCUGCCUUGUCGGCCCUAUCCCCUCUAACAGCACUCUCUUCCGCCUCCGCCAUCUGCAGGAGCUUUCCCUUGCUUACAAUGAUUUCAACUCCUCCCCGACAGCAUCCGAGUUCGGGGAUCUUACAUCUCUGGAGGUAUUGGAUCUUUCUUAUUGCAAUUUAACAGGUACAAUUCCAGUAUCACUUGGCAAGCUCACACAACUCAAAACGUUAGCUCUUUCACAAAAUCGACUCAGUGGUCUUAUUCCAUUCUCAAUUUUCAACCUCCCACAAGUUGAAUUCUUAGAUUUUUCAUAUAAUAACUUGCUCGGUUCUCUUCCUUCUCAAGUUAGCGGGCUUUCUCGAGUUGUUGAUCUAUUCCUUGACCACAACUUUGUCAGUGGCAGGGUACCCUCCUGGUUGUUUUCUCUCCCAUCUUUGGGUAGGUUGAUGCUUAGUAACAACAAGCUUACCGGUCCGAUUCCCGAUCCAGUUUUCGAACUUGUGAACCUUACUCUUCUUGAUCUUUCUUCAAAUAAUUUGAGUGGCAGCUUUGAAUUGGACAAACUAUCAAGGUUCGGUAAACUUCAGCAACUCUAUCUCUCAGAUAACUCUUUGCUAUCAUUCACCAGUGCAAGCAAUGCCAAUUACUCUUUGCUAUCAUUCACCAGUGCAAGCAAUGCCAAUUACUCUUUGCCAAAUCUUUCGACAUUAAACCUCUCUUCUUGCAACAUAAGUGAGUUCCCAAAUUUUGUAAGAAAUAUACCAGGCUUGGUGACCCUAGACCUUUCUCACAAUAAAAUCCGAUUUGUCGAGGCCGGUAUGUUUGUAAAGCUUAAAAACCUUCAAGAACUGGAUCUUUCACACAACAGUCCUCUAUCCUUCAGCAACAUCAACAAUCUUUCUGUUUUCUUGCCCGAUCUUUCAAACAACAGCAUUCGAGGCCGUAUUACAGAACAAGAAAACAACUGGGGAAGCAACCUACAAGUCCUUGAUAUUUCUAAGAACUUGCUGACAGCUGUAAAAUAUUAUCUGCUGGAAGGUCCAAUUCUAACACCACCACUUUCCACACAAGUCUUCUUAAUAUCAAACAACAGAUUGAUUGGAGAAAUUCCAUCUUCUAUAUGCAAUAUUGGGUUUGAUUCUGAUACUCUUAUGAAUCAUUUUCAUGGAUACAUCCCUGAUUUUUGUGAGGAUUACAUGUUAAAUACACUUAACCUCAACGAUAAUGAUUUUGACGGGCCAGUACCUAAAUCCUUGGUCAACUACCGGUAUUUGGAAGUGUUGAAUCUCGGAAACAAGAGGAUAAAUGGCACAUUUCCCCACUGGAUAGGAACUCUUCCUCAGCUACAGGUUCUUGCCUUGUGCGCCAACCAUUUCCAUGGUCGAAUAAGCCCUUCAGAAAAUGGAUCGGAUUUCUCGAGUUUACGAAUCUUGAAUCUCUCCUAUAAUGAGUUAUCUGGACUUCUUCCAACAUCGUACUUUAAAUGUUUCAAAAGUAAGAUGAAUUUGUCUCAAGUUCAGAUGGGAUAUAGGAGUUCUUACUAUGAAGAUUCUGUGGUUAUCACAAUGAAAGGUGUGGACAUCGAGCUUAAGAGAAUUCUCACUAUUUUUGCAACCAUUGAUGUGUCAAGCAAUCGAUUCGAGGGAACGAUUUCAGAAACAGUUGGAAACCUUAUUUCUCUCAAAGUGCUCAAAUUUUCUCAUAACCAUCUUACUGGUCACAUUCCUUCCUCAUUAGGGAAUAUGAAAGCACUUGAAUCUUUAGAUCUCUCCGAUAACAAACUUGUUGGAAAAAUUCCUUCACAGUUGAGUGGCUUGAACUUUCUUGCGGUGUUAAACCUGUCAGAGAACCAGCUUGUUGGUCCCAUUCGGCCAUUCCUAAGGGAAAACAAUUCAAUACCUUUCAGAAUGAUUCGUACGUUGGCAAUCCAGGAUUGUGCGGAUUUCCUGUUUCAGAAAGUUGUGCCCACAGUGAACCACCACCAGCAACAACUUUUGAUGAACAGAAGCUGA